GAUUUUUCUUAUAUUCAUUUCCUCUUUCAUCUUCACCUUACAAAUUCCCCACUGCUCCGCGAGAGAGGAACCCUAGAUUAAGGUUCGCCGAUCGAUCAUUUCACAUCGAGAUCAAGUGCAUUAAUAAUAUCUAUUGGUCGAAGAUGCUGAGAUUCGCUGGGAGGAGGUUGUCGUCUCUGUCAUGGCGGUCCGGUCAGGCUCCGCCGCUCGCUUUCGUUUCCAAGAAUCCGUUCUCCGCUGUUGAUUCGCCAGACAUCUCUUGCUCUGGCACCAACCCUUUUCUGGAUGAAAUCCGAGGCUAUUCUACCCACGCCCCCACGCAGGAUAACCUCUCCUUAAUCCCAAAUGUCCCCCCGACAAUAGCCGCAAUCAAGAACCCGAGCUCGAAAAUCUCCUACGACGAGAGCAACCACGAACGUUAUCCUCCCGGCGACCCGAGCAAGCGCGCGUUUGCCUACUUCAUCCUCACCGGCGGCCGUUUCGUGUACGCCUCUCUUGCUCGUCUCCUCGUCCUCAAGUUCGUCCUCAGCAUGUCCGCCAGCAAGGACGUUCUUGCCCUCGCCUCCCUCGAGGUUGACCUGUCGAGCAUCGAGCCCGGGUCCACCGUCACGGUCAAGUGGCGCGGGAAGCCCGUUUUCAUCCGCCGCCGAACGGAAGAAGAUAUCAAGCUGGCGAACAGCGUUGACUUGGCCUCCUUGCGGGACCCACAGGAGGAUUCGGUUAGGGUCAAGAAUCCCGAGUGGCUUGUUGUGGUUGGUGUGUGCACUCACUUGGGAUGUAUUCCUUUGCCGAAUGCUGGGGAUUUCGGUGGAUGGUUCUGCCCGUGUCACGGCUCUCACUAUGAUGUCUCUGGAAGGAUCCGGAAAGGGCCGGCGCCUUAUAAUCUGGAGGUGCCGACCUACAGUUUCUUGGAUGAGAAUAAGCUGUUGGUUGGGUGAGGGGGAGUAAGGUGAGGGUGUUUUUGUUAGGGACUUUUUUAAUUUAAUAUUUUGAAGGGACUUGCAGAAAAAAAAGCCAGAAACUGUGUUGUUGGGGGCUUUUUAGCAACUUUUAUGUGGUCAUUUUGUAAUUUGUAAUAAUUUUAUUUUUUUGGGUGGCUUCAUUUGUUAUGUUCUGUUGUGGUCUGGUCGUUUGCUGGGGCUCAGGAUUCUGGUGGGGGGGCCUAGCUAUUUGAAUAAUUCUGGCUGAACUUUUGCCUUGUUUUGUAACAUUUAUAUAAAUGAUUUUUAUUGUUAGGUUUGUUGGAGCAUUUUCUUGAUAUGUUUUCACUUUAGCCAAUUCUCCUGCAAUUGCUCUUGAUUUUGCCCAAUCUUGGGAGGGAAGGGAAACAAAAGAGGAAUCUAAUUCACUUAGUUUGUUGUACUUACUAAUCAUAGUGUGCUGA